AUGAGAGACAUGAACGCGGUGGCAGGCAAUCCAUCUUGUCUCACCUCGACUACAUGUUCAUCUACAUGUACAACAGCAACAACAACAACAAUAACAGCUCUCAUUAGAGCCCAUCAUCAUUAUCAUCCUAUUGUUGUUCCAGUUGCUGCUGAUGGCGCUCCUGAUGGCGCUACUGCCGCUAUGAUUAAAAAUUCGACUAUGUUCACGAGCAACAAUCCUACCAAUAAUUCGACCACUAUUCCUACUAGUCCUACUAUUCCUACUCUUACUACAUGCACUACCACCAUUGCCAUUGAGUCUUCUAACGCGCAGCCAGCUGAUGCUUUGACAUCCGAUAAAUGGUCCAUUGUUGAACCAGACCCGGCUAUUCCUCGCGCCGAUCCAGAUCCUGCUGUACAAGUCAUAGCCACGGUUGCACCAUCCUCAUUAUCUCCCUCAUCAACAUCUAGUGUCGACAACAAUUAUAGUAAUGCAUCAACAAGUAGUAAAGUUACUCCCGACUGUAUUAUCACGGAAGAUCUUGAGCAUAUACAGCAAUCGGAGCAACAUCUAUUUUCAAAACGACUCUUUUGCUUUCCUCUCUCCACCAGAUCUACUUCCAGUUGUCGUGUCUAUCGCCGUGCUAGUCAAAAGAGCGAGAGCAGAUCUAAUUGCAACAACAACCGCAGCAACCGCAGCAGUAGCAAAGAACAAAAGUCCAAAACCACGCCCUCAGGCUCUAAAGCCUCCUCCUUCAUCAGAAUGAUCAAUUUAUCUAGAAACAAAAGUUUACCGGUCUCGACUAACAGUGACAAUGGCGCCAGCCCGAGGAAUGAAAACCAACGUGGCCGUCGUCAUCAAAGGUUCUACAGUAAUACCUUCUCCUUCCCCGUGACCCUUCAUCUGAACAGGACAUUGAGUGGCAAAAGCGACCGUGGCAACAUCAAUUCAUCAACCCUUGAUAAUAACGAUACCAGUGCUGAAUCUCAUUCCUCAUCCAUAUCCUCAGCAGCUGCCACAGCCCCAUGGACAUCGAUUGCACCCCUGAGCGCUGUCAUCUCUGCGAUCCACCGAGGUGAUUUCUUGGUCCUCUCUGACUCAAGGCUGGAUGCCUUGAUCCGGGCCUUGACGGGCAAGAACUCGACUGUGUUAGAGACCAUUAAUAUCAAAGGAACUACGAUUUCAGGAUCAGAUGCCCGAUUGUUGGCUCGCUUGGUCAAAUCCUCAGAUGCGGCCAAUAUCAAAAACUUAAAGCUGGACCAAAACUUGAUCAGCCAAGAUGGAUUCAAAUACUUGUGUGAGAGUUUCAAAUACAACAAGACAAUCACCACGCUGAGUUUCUCUCGUGCAGGGAUGAACGACAAGAUUAUAAAGUACAUUGCAAAGGCCGUUAGCAAGAGCGGAACUAUUAAAGAGUUGGAUCUGUCCAACAAUCGACUGACAGCUCAAGGGAUCGAGGUGCUUUGUGAGGCUUUAAUCUACAAUCGAUCAUUGACUAGACUUUGUCUACAAUCCAACAAUAUCAAGAAAGCGGGUGCACCACAUUUGGCAAAUCUACUGACCAAAAAUCGAGUUUUACGCCAUUUGAACGUUGGGUCGAAUGGAAUUGGAAGUGAAGGAUGUACUCUGAUUGCAAACGCAGUGCGGUUUAAUAGAGCAUUGACAUCUUUGAGUCUGGACAUGAAUGAGAUGGGAAGUCAAGGAGCCACAGCUCUGGCGACCGCAUUGGCUUCGAACAGGAACCUGAUGUAUCUGUAUAUCCCACACAACAACAUCGGUGACAGAGGCUUGGCCAUGAUCUGUGAGAGCCUGAAACGGAAUCAGGUUCUCAUAGGCUUGGACCUGGAGUUGAAUCAUAUUGGUCAUGGACAGAGUAUUGAAGGAAUGAAGGCUUUAGCUGAGGCGCUCAAGGUCAACAAGGCGCUUCGGGAGAUCAAUUUGUCAUUCAACUCGUUCCCUACACCAGCGAUCGAGGCAUUGAUGGAGGGACUGGCUGCCAACUCGACUUUAGAGAGCAUACUCUUCACGAAUUGCUCUAUUCCUACAGGCGGAGCCUUGGCGAUUGCUAAAAUCUUGCCCACCGCGAAAGGAUUACAAAACCUGGGUUUAACAGCCAAUACCGAGAUAUCGGUGGAGGGCUAUUGGGCUUUAGCCAACAGUUUGAAUCAAAAUCGAUCGAUGAAAGGGCUUCAACUAGAUUUCAAUUCAGAAGGUCGUCAUGCGUUGUAUAAUAUUAUUCAGCAUUCACUAACCAGGAAUUUCAUCUGGCAGAGAGCGAUCUAUUCAGCAGCAUGUCGGAUCUUGGUGUUUUCGAGGAUUGUGCUUUUGGGAAGACCUGUGAAUCAACGGAAUCUGUUAUCAUUGUCACACCAGCUUCAGAAACGCAACAAUAAUAAGAAUGGUGGUAAUGGUAGUGGAAGUAGGCCAUGGAAUUUGCUUUGGAAGGUUGGCCAACUGGGGAUAGCACCGUCUUCUGCUCCUUCGACCUCCACACAUACAUCAGAAGCGCAAUCCAAUAGUACAGAUGGCGAGGAGGUUGUGGACAGUGGCAAUGUUAUGGAUGAUUAUGGCGGGAUGAUUCAAAACCUUACACAAGAUAAUUUAGCUUUUCGACAGGCUUCUAAUUCAAGUAGCAGCAGUGGGGCAGCAUCUUAUUCUCAAAGGCCGGCUGGAACCCAUUUGGGGGUCACGCAGCAACGGCAAGGGCAGGAACAACAGGAGCAGUCCAUUAUGCCUAGUCCGUCCUCACUUCGACCUCCAUUUCCUUCAUCUCCAUCAACGACUGCGGCAUCGGCAAGGAUGAUGUUUUCCAACUACGACUAUAAUGUGCAUAAAAUGAUGGCGAACUUGUGCCAUAUGCCGUAUGAGGUGCUAGAAACCAUUUGCGUAUUUCUGGAUCCGGGUUGUAACAUGAGUGUGGAACAGAUUCGAACAACAUUGCAGACUGGAGGAGAUCGAUCGACCUUGAGAGCUUAUUACACUCGACCCAAGAUGAUGGAGAAAAUCUUUCAAAGUCGAUAUAUCCCGACGAUAGGAAUGCGAUAUAGUAUUAAGAAUAACGAUGAGCGACUUUGAUAAAG